UUAGGUAAAAGUAACCGUUUUUAUAUAUUAUUGUUAAAAUUAUGGUCAUUUACGUCUGAACUUGUUGUUUUUCGUUUCAGUAAUUAGUGACACACAAAUUCGGCGAAGUGAAAUUCAAGUAAACUGUUCGCUAGUUUUUCAAAUGACACAGCACUGAUUAUAAUGGAAAAAUGCGAAUGGGGUUUAUUUAAAAGAAAAACCUUAAAUAUGUCGCGAGACAGGUUUUUCGAAAACCCGUUUGAAGACUUCUGUGAAGACACGGCUUGUUGUGUCAUCGACAGUGGACAGAUAAAGUGUGAUUGCAAGGUGGCCUGUAAACUGGAAGAAAAGUGGAAAAAUACUCUGGCGCAAUUCAAACACCUUGAUUUUAAUGACUAUUCUGUGUAUACAGGAACUGCCGGGAUAGCGCUGCUAAAAUUAAAAAAAGAUGAUCAAAGCAAGCAAAAUCUACAGGAGGCAAAAGAGCUUCUAUCUUUGCAUAGAUUGCGGAAGAAGCGACACACGUUUUUGUGUGGGGACACAGGUCCACUGGCUAUAGCUGCAGUGAUUGAUUACAAAUUGGGUAAUAAAACGUACAUGCAGUGUGUACAGAGUAUUAGAGCGAUGGAGGAGGAUGUACUAAAUAUAAACUCUGAUUUAGCCAAUGAGUAUUUGUAUGGACGCGCCGGGUAUUUGUUUGCGGUUUUGUAUGUAAACAAACACAUUUCGCCCCCGCCUUUUGAUGAAAACUUUGUCAGAAAAAUCAUUGAAAGUAUUCUUAUUUGUGGAAAAAACGAGGCGAAAGCGGGCAAUUUUAAAUGUCCUUUGAUGUACCAGUGGCAUGAAAGUUAUUAUUUGGGUGCAGCGCACGGGUUGGCCGGGAUUUUGUAUCUACUUUUACAGGCUAAAGAAUAUCUUACAGAAACUGAGCUUAACACUGUUAUCAAACCUACUAUUGACUAUUUGGAUGGUAUGAGGUUCCCAAGUGGAAAUUUUCCUUCUUCUAUUGGCAGAGAACAAGAUAAAUAUGUACAGUGGUGUCACGGGGCGCCCGGUUUCUUGUACUUGUUUAGCACAGCUUACAAAGUUUUUGGCAACCCUAAAUAUUUACAAAUAGCCUUAGAUUGUGGAGAAGUCAUUUGGGCUAGAGGUCUUUUGAGAAAAGGGUACAGCAUUUGUCAUGGGGUUGCAGGAAACGCCUACUGCUUUUUGGAGCUGUAUCAAACUACUCAAGACGAGAAGCACCUGUAUAGAGCGAUCAAGUUUGCAGAGUGGUGUUUUGAUCAUAAUCAGUCUCGCGUCGAACAUACUCCUGAUCGGCCGCUUUCAUUAUUUGAAGGGGUGUCGGGUCCUAUGUAUCUCUUCCUUGAUCUUCAGCAGCCUAUGGAAGCUAAAUUUCCGGGGUAUACUUUGUAAUGUUGCCAUUCCGCUGAAAAAGGAAAAAUUAAAAUGCGAGUAAAUAAAAUAUCCACUUUAUUACAAUAAAUCAUUCAACUAAUACUUUUAACAUCUAAUAAUAAUCUUAUGUACAAUUUGUUACCUACCAAAAUAGCAAACAAGAAUUUAUAUGGAAUAACAAUGCAGACUACUUACAUUCCAUACUGUCUGUAAAUAACAAGGCAUCAUUAUUUAACCAGCAAGGAAAACAAAUGGGUCAAAGGAAACAAUAGAUCCAUAAAGUUACUUUGGGUGCAAAAGUACUUAAGAUAUUUCCAUUCGAUAUGUAAAAAUAUAUUACAUACAUACAUUUAUGUACACUCAGUAAGCCUAAUAGACCAUUAAUUUUUCCAUUUUUUUUAUAUUAAAUAUUUUGUAACAUUACCACGAAAAUAGCUGAAGGGACUGAUGGCACAUAAACUGAAUUGUAAUGUUACCAAAUAUUAGUUUUAUUUAAAUUAAAUCUAAGAAGGCACUCCAUCAGGUCUGGACAAUUGAAAAUAAAUAGUUUAUACAACAGUUGUUUGUUACCAAUAUUUACAUCGGCUCUUAUAAAAUAUAUUAAUUGUUUCACAAGCCUUUUCUGUCCAAUAUUAUGAUACAUAAUAUACAAUGUUGUAUUCAACUGGAGCACGUACGAAAUAAACUUUCAAUUAAAAAUAACAAUUUCGAUAUUUACACUAUUUAACCUAGAUGUACAGAUCAUAAGUAAAAUGCAAUUUAAGAUAUCUCAUAUCAUUUUAAACAUUAGUCCAACGUUCUAUUUUAAAACUUUUGAAUCUUUGGUCAACUAAAUCCUGAAAAUUUGACACCAUACCCAGGUAACGCUUAAACCAAGCUAUGAAGAAAAAAUCGAGCAUGUGCACAAUUAAACAAAAAUUUGACAUUGCACUAUUCUUGUAGUUACAUACUGAUCAACCUUUAUUAGCAUAAAGCUAUACUACUCGGCCAGUUUCCCUUGGUAAAAUAGUCCUUCACCACUGUAAAAACAAAACACCAACCUCAUUCUGUUUUCUGUUGGCAAUAAAGUUCUUUUAACGAUUUUAGUUCGUCUAUUAGCGCUUUGUUUUGAUUUUCCAACACCGCCACCCUAUUUUCUAGGCACUUUAUAUACUCUUUCUUUUUUCUUCGACACUCUCGCGCCGCUUCCCUGUUUUUUAGUAGCCUCAUCUCGCGCUUCCUGUCCUGGUCCUCUCCGUUACCGCUGCCGAUGUUGCCCCCUUGUGCUACUACUGUAA